AUGCAGGCGAGCAAAGGUGUGCCGCUUUCGGACCCGGCGUUGGACCGGCCGAGAUUGAAAACAGACAUGUGCAAGAACGUGGACUUGCCAAUGUCUGCGUUUGCGAUUAACCACUUGCGAUUAUCUUGCAUUACACCUGCAUUCGUCAUGGACAACAUUGAAGCCAUCAAUAAACUCCCAGGGGGUCUCCGUCACUUGAGAAUUCGUACUGAUGAGGAGUUCCAAAAGUACUCUGUACCAGUGGAGACUGUCCCCCGUCCAGGUUUCAAUACAACCGGAAAAGAAGUCGAGCUUUCGCUCAAUGCCUACCCCAUUACGAAGUUCCCAAGCCGAACCGUUUAUCAGUACGAUGUUCACAUCGGCACCGGACUGGAGAAGUUCAUUGUCAAUAAGAAGGUGUGGAAUUCCAGGGCUCGAAGGGCGGCUUUGAAGAGCAUUGUCUAUGAUGGCUCGAAGCUUGCAUGGUCGAUGAACCUCUACAAAACCGAAUUCAAUGAGGAAAUCAAUCUUGACGUUGAAGAGGGUCGGCCCGUGAGGAAAGGCAUAGAGAAGGACAAGAAUACCUUCCGUCUGCUUGUCCGGCAUACCAGAACAGUCAACCUGGCCGUGUUGAAUGCUUGGCUCUCUGGUCAGGCGUCCUUCGACGAUGGAGUGCUGGAGGCGAUGAAUUUCCUUGACCAUGUUCUCAGAGAACACCCCAGCUCACAGCUUUUGGCCAUCAAACGUUCCUUUUUCGAUGAAAAUGGCGGGAAGGGAGAGCUGGGAGGGGGCGUCAUUGCUCUUAAGGGAAUGUAUCAAUCCAUUCGGCCUGCCAUCGGUGGUAGACUUAUUGUCAAUGUCGACGUCUCAAAUACAUGCUUUUGGGCCCGUAUUAGCCUGACAGGCGCGGCACUGGAGAUUUGUGACGCCAGAGACCACCAGCAUCUAUGCCAUCUGCUUAGGCCCAAACCGGAUGGAUAUGGCGGAGUUACUGAAUCGGAACUUUUCCAAGAAGUCAGUAGACGGCUCCGAAAGCUCGUUGUGGCUCCAUUCUACGGAGGAUGCCCAGUCCUGGGAGUCCGGUUCACUGUCAAGGGGCUUAUUAACGGCAACGCGCGCCAGUACAUGGUUGACAUAAAGGACAAGGCUACCGGCAAGAUUAACCGGAUGAGCGUCGAGCAGUACUUCAAGACCAAGUACAACCUGGUCCUCAACGACUGGGCACUUCCCAUGGUAGAGAUGACCAAGAAAGAUGUGGUCUACCCUAUGGAGGUCUUGACCAUCCAGGGUCUCCAGCGCUUUCCUUUUAAGUUGAAUGAAACCCAGACAGCUCAAAUGAUCAAAUAUGCGGCGUCUCGUCCGAAAGACAGGCUCGAGACAAUUCUCACUUCUAAGAGAACACUUGCCCACGACCAAGACCCUGUCCUUAACAACUUUGGGCUUAAGAUCAGCAAUACCAUGAUGAAGACCAAGGCUCGGCUUCUACCAAGUCCCGCCGUCAUGUUCGGCAACAACCAGCGCAUCGAGCCUGGUGUUAGUGGCCGCUGGGAUCUCCGCGGAAAGAAGUUCUACACAGCAAAUCCACAGCCCCUUCAAGCAUGGGGGAUUGGCUAUUUCCCUGGAAGACGCAACGUUAUCAGUAACGACCAGGUAGUCAGAUUCGCCGACAACUUUAUGAAGACCUAUGCUGGACAUGGAGGCACAAUUACCCGCCGUCCUGUGAUCAUCGAGCUCAAAGAAGACAUCGGUGAAGCGAUCAAAAAGCUUUAUGAGGGCGCCGGAAAGGCAAAUCAAGAGGACCCCCAGUUGCUUCUUGUCAUCGUCCCGGAUAAGAAUUCCUUCACCUAUACCCGUAUCAAGAAGUCGUGUGACUGCCGCUGGGGCGUGCCUUCUCAGGUCCUACAGGCGGGUCAUGUCAACAGGGGUAAUCCCCAAUAUGUUUCCAAUGUCCUCAUGAAGGUGAACGCUAAGCUUGGAGGUGUCACAAGUCGAGCUGUAUCAAAGGUGCAAGGAGCGACCUUGCGUCCAGGCUCAAUGAUUAUUGGCGCUGACGUGACUCAUCCUCCCAUGGGUGUCUGGUCACCCUCAAUGGCGGCAGUUUCCGUGUCCAAGGAUCCCUAUGGUAGCAGCUACUUCGGUGCUUGCGAAGCAAACAUGGAUCGUAUAGAGAUCAUCUCGCGGACCAGUAUGGAGUUUAUGCUCGCCCCUCUUGUUCGUGAAUGGAUAACCACUAUCGGACAGGGACGCGCGCCUAAGUACGUUUACUACUUCCGUGAUGGUGUUUCUUCCGGUCAGUUCGAGCACGUACUCAAUCAAGAGGUCAUAAAUAUCAAGAGCGUCAUUACUCAGCAUAACAUGAAUCAGUGGGAUGGUAAAAUCACUGUGGUGGUUGCUAACAAGCGUCACCAUUUGCGAGCAUUCCCCAAGUCGGGCGAUCGCAAUGCUGCUGACAAGAACGGUAACCCGCUGCCCGGUAUUCUGAUUGAGAAAGAUGUGACCUCUCCACAUGACUGGGAUUUCCUCCUCUAUUCGCAUAUUGCUCUGCAGGGAACUUCGCGGCCCGUUCAUUAUCAUGUUAUCCUCGACCAGAUAGAGCACAAGCCCCAUGAGCUUCAGAACAUGAUUUAUGAUCAUUGUUACCAGUACAUCCGGUCUACGACUUCGGUCUCCUUGUACCCUGCCAUUUACUAUGCGCACCUUAUCGCUAGUCGUGCCCGCAGCCACGAGGAUGUUCCGGCCAGCUCUGGCCCACAGAGCGGUAACACGAUCAAGCUCACGAAUCCCAAGCCUAAGAACAGGCCAAUUGACCCUAAGCUACUGCCAAUCAUCAACCGGAGGAACAGACUGCCCUGGCAGAUGUGGUACAUCUAGACAGAAGUUGGCGUAGUGGAGAUAUUGGUUGCUUUUUCUCUUUAGUAUUUUACACAGCGAUGUCCGGUACAUCGUCUGAUCUGCUUGCUAUUGCCGUACUCGGAUUGCGUCGGCUCAACACUGAAGUUCAGGUAGCAUAACCCUUUGACUCUAACUUACCAGCCUUGAUGGUAGGACGGUUUAGGUCGAUAGGGAUUGCAGGCCAGAUCAUUGGCGUACCGUACCAUAGUCCUUGAGUUUCAAUCAAGUUUUAUUGCUUU